GGGCCUGUCUCCGGCUCUGCCACUCAGAACCUCUUUGGCGGGAGGUUUGAAGACCCGAGCACACUCAGAGGCUCCAGGAGCGGUACUCCGGCUGCACGGUGCGGGCCUGGAGCGGGGUCCCCCUACCGGGUCACCGGGCGCCGUGUGGAGGAGGCCGCGGCCCAGCCCGCAGAAGCGACGCGGCCCUGACCUGCCCCGAAGGCCGCCCGGCGGCGGACAGACUCCAGCCAGGGCGCCGCCCGCAGUUGCCGGCGCCCGAGCCGCCACGAGGGCUCAAGGUCUUUGCUGCACUGUGCGCGGAGAGGGCAGUGGGGAGAGCAGGGUUCCUCCGCACACCCCAACCCUGAGACGCCGAAUCCCCGGGGCCGCGGCCCGCGCAUGCGCACCUUUCUGCCUCCCCGCCAGCGCACGCUCGGUCCAGCCGCGCCGGGUUCAUUCAUGGAGGCCGCGGGAGGCGCUGGAGCCGCCUUCCUGAAGGAUAUUGUGGCCUAUGUUGAAGUAUGGUCUUCCAAAGGGACAGAGAAUUACUCAAAGACAUUUACAAAACAACUCGAGGAUAUGGGAGCAACGGUUUCAAAAACUUUCAACAAGCAAGUGACCCAUGUGAUCUUCAAAGAUGGAUAUCAGAGCACCUGGGACAAAGCCCAGAAGACAGGGGCAAAGCUGGUAUCUGUCCUCUGGGUUGAAAAAUGCAGAAUGGCUGGAGCUCAUGUCGAUGAAUCUUUGUUCCCUGCAGUGAAUACUAAUGAAAACCUACCAAGCCUCGUUAAAAGAAAACACAAGUGUAUGCAGCCCAAGGACUUUAUUCCAAAAACACCAGAAAAUGACAAAAGACUUCAAAAGAAAUUUGAGAAAAUGGCUGAAGAGCUACAAAGGCAAAAGACAGCUCUAGAUGACGGUGUUCCUAUCCUCCUGUUUGAGUCUCCUCGCUCACCUGUAUGCAGUUCCACAGUUCCCGUUAGGAGUCACGAGAGCAUGAUGAAGAAGAGACUGAAAGAGAUGAAGGAGAAGAGGGAAAAUCUAUCCCCUACCUCAUCCCAGAUACUCCAACAGUCUCAACAGAAUCCAAGUAUCACUCUGUGUGAAGCAUCUUUGAAUGUUUCUCAUCAGUCUUUCAGUUCAGAUGAUUCCUUUGCCAGUCAUUCUCACUCAUCUUUUGAUGCUCUCUGUGGAGAUGAGGAAAGGAGCCUGGGAAGUUCUUCCAAUGAGAUGGCCAUGAAGGCAUGCCAUUCCUCACCUGCAUUGAGGACAAGCAGUUUUUAUGGUUUGGCGUCACCCAACUACCUCAGUCAGCCAUGUUCUCAGCAAGCUCUAGCCAGUCUUUCAAAGGAGGGUAUCAGCUGGCAGAAAGAUGCUGCAGGUGCUGUAGCCGAUGUGGAGAGAAAGCAGUCUGCAGGUGUGCCUCAGGGGAUGCCUGAUGAGAAGCACUGUCUGUCUCCUCCAGUGUCUACUGGAAAAAAACGCUUGACAUAUCCAGUACCCAAGACUUCAUCAGCAAAGAAAAAAAGCUCAGUGGACUUGGGUUCAACUCCAAAAGGAAAACUCAAGAAGAGAUGCAAUAGAAAGGCUGACCUUCCGCUACAGCUGUUCAGCUCUGACCAGAGCCUACAGUUCACGCCCGAGCCCAUCCCAGGGACUCUUGAUAUUGGGGCGUCUUCAUAUGAGGACUACUUUUCCCCUGAUAAUCUCAAGGAGAGAGAUUCAGAGAGACUUUCUUCUGAGACUCAGCCACUAGCAAGCUCUCUGUUCCACUGUAGAGGGCUCUCAAAGUGGGAGCGAAAAAACAUACUGGAAAUGUGUGAUUUUACCUGCAUUGGUGAAAAACCGAGAUCCAUCAGCAUUACUGACUUAACUUCAACAAGCACUUCUAGUCUGGAGAAGCCGGACAAGCAAAGAGUGAGCACAGCUUCUAGUUGCAUGCCUUUGGUGGGAGCAUCUGCUAACCACAGUCCAGAGCAUUGCAGGCCGCCCGGCCCUCAGUGGAGGGGAGACACAGGCCCAGUGGGGAGCGCCCACCCCCGUGGCACGCACAGUCCUGCUCAUCGCAUCACACCCUUGAAAGGAGAUAGAACGGAAGCAAGAGAAGCAGAGAGCAAGAGAAGAGGCUCCCCUGAAGAAGGCACCACCCCUCCUGCGUCAGCUUCUCCUGAAAGCGAAGCACAUAGCAGUGAUCUCAGUUCUGGAGCAAGUUGUAAUGUAGAAAAGUCUGAAGAAAAGAACACACCCACAGGAUGUAGUGAAAGUGUUAAAAAUGGACCAAUGAGGCCAGAUACUUCAGACAGCUCAUGUACAAGCCUUGUCAGACCUCAAAAGAGACCAAAGACACAUGGGAAAGAAAUGAAGCCAAUGAGAACAUUAGUCAUGACAAGCAUGCCAUCUGAGAAGCAGGAACUUAUCAUCCAGGUGGUGAACGCACUGAAAGGCUUUUCCUUCUCACCCGAGGUCUGCGAGUCCACCACCCAUGUGCUGGUGGGGAACGUUGUCCGCACCCUCAACGUGUUGAUGGGGAUUGCACGAGGCUGCUGGAUUCUUUCCUACGAAUGGGUACUGUACUCUUUAGAAUGGGGUCACUGGAUUUCUGAGGAGCCUUUUGAACUCUCCGAAACCUUUCCUGCAGCUCUGAUCUGCCGACUUGAACGCCAGUUGUCCACCCAGCAGUACCAAGGAACCCUCUUUGCCAAUCAGCCAAAAAUGUUCAUCGCACCAGCCAGCAGCCCCCCCAGAGCCAAGCUGUGUGAACUGGUACGCCUGUGUGGUGGCCAAGUCAGCCCAGCCCCUGAGCUGGCCAGCCUCAUCAUUGGUCCCUACAGUGGCAAGAAGGAAGAAAGGAUCCAGUACCUGUCAGAGAAAUGGGUCUUAGAUUCCAUCACCCAACACAAGGUGUGUGACUUUAAAAACUACCAGUUGCUACAAUGAUACACCUGUGGCUGCUGCCCUCAACACUCAAGAAAGACAGCUUCGGAGAGGAGGAACCAGCGUACAAUUUAAGGCUUGAUGUCAGAUGUCACAUGUUACCUUCUAUACUGUGGUUUUUAUCUUCAGUAUGUGUGUAUGGGCGUGUCCGCAUGCGUGCGUGCGUGCGUGCGUGCGUGCGGUGCUGGAGAUUGAAUCCAGGGCUUGCUAAGCAAGCGGUUUACCAACUUUUAUCUUAAAAACUCUUUUGUGUAACUUACUCACGACUCAUAUUGUGUUUCAGAGAAGUAUUGGCCUACACCCAUUGGGUUCUUUAUACAGUACUGCUAAUAAUCAUGAUGAAAGUAAAAGGUCACAGAACCUUUGUCUGCAGGACACUUUGCUCCCAGUUAUAGAAUAGAGAUUGAUUUAAAUCGCUUUAGUUCUCAACAGGCUAACUUUCCUGGCUUAGACUCUGAGAUCUUUAUUAGUGUGUUGUAUCUUUAUAGGAGGGACAAUCACGCAUUAUUAAGAUACAUUUAUGUCUCUGAGAUGCCUCUCAGAGAAGUUAAGGGAGACAAUGUGAACGUUUUGUACAAUGACAGCACUUACCUUCUGAGUGGCUACCAUCAUUCCGCCUCAACUGGCUCUCCCAAGGUUCCCUAAGGAAAGCCAGCUACUGGGGCUGAGUUAUGUCAGUGAAGUCCAACCCAGGGCCCGUGUGUCCAACUUGCCUAAGGAUGCCUAUGAUAUGGCUAAUACAAAAUUAUAAACUUACUAAAACUAUUAAUGAGAUUUUUGUGUGUGUUUGGGGUUCUGGGGGGGUUGUUGAGGGGUAACUCAGUUGCACAGUUCUUCUGAGUGAACUUUGUAGAUGCCCUUGUUGCACUGCAGCAUGGAAAGGCUGCACAUCUCAUCAUCAGGUUGGUCACUCUUCAUGGAGUUGACGAAAGGUCUCUCAGACUGUCCCGGAGCUUUCAGACAUCCUGUGUACAUCCCAGUGUUGGGUUGUAGUCAUGCUGCGGAGUGACCUAACAGAGAAGGUACUGAACUCCAGUGGCCUGGAAGGGCUCAUUGUAGCUGUCCGUGCUGUGAUUGGCUGCUCAUGUCAGCUGCUGUUCCAGCUCAGGAAGUCUCAGUUCCACUUCCAGAAUCUUGGCAUUUCAGACAUAAGCAAUUGAAUCGUACAAUAUGACUCUGUGGCAUUAGCCUUCUUCACUGUGUAAUUGAUGCUCUGAUGACCGUUCAUGCCAUGUGUGUCAGUGGAUAAUUCUUGUUCACUGCCAAACAGUAUUCUGUGGCAUGGAUGUUCUGUAGUUCUGUUCCUCGGUCCCUGAAUGAGUGAAGGGGGAAGCCCGAUGUGAAAGGCCUCUAAAAUCUAAAUCAGUUUAUGGUGUCAAGUGCUAGAUGGUCCAGGAGUCCAAGCUCCUUGGAAGGAAUAGAUCAAAUGAGAGUGAGAGAGACCCCAUUUAUCCUCCUCCCCAUCUUCUACAAUCUGGAUCACUCUGUUUUCCCUCACAAAUCCACAUCUUGAAGCUAUCACUCCCAAAGUAAUAGUGUUAGAAGGUAGAGUUUUGGAGAAACGAUCAGCUCAUGAUGUCCUGAAGAACAGAUUGGACUAAAAAGAGACUCAGGAGAUGAAGACACCAUCCAAGAACCAGGAAGCUGGCAGGCCUCAGCAGGCCUGAAUCUGCUGGUGCCUUGAUCUUGGGCUUGUAGUAUCUUCAUAACAAACAGUGUAGACAAGGACUCAUCUCUGAGGACAGUUCCACCAUAUGAAAGGACUCUGCUAUAACAUGUGGAUGCUGCCAGACUGAGAUCAUGGAAUAGACUAGAAUAUGUUAGUAGGACUGGAUUCUAGCCUUUAUUCAGUGUUGGAAUUCCUGGGGAAAACUGAUUUACCUUCCCUGCUCCCAAGAUUCUUGGUGUUAAAGGAGGGCAUUGCCAACCACUUAUCUCAUUGGGUGUGCAAAAAUAGAAACUAGGAUUGUCUUUCAGUGUAGCAGAAACUCAGGAGCUGGUUUAUAUUGACCAGUUAGGGGACACGAAAUGAGGAGAGACUAGGAAGAUAGUUGAGAGGACGUCUCUGCCAAUGGACUAGUGCUACUGGGGAAAUAAGGACUUAGCACAACCCAGAAGACUAAAUCAAUAUUCCAUUUACUCCCCAUGAAAACAACAAUCUUGUUUAGUCUGGGGACCUUCCUACCCAAUGUCAGCAGUAAUACCAGACAUACAGGUCUUUUCCCUCCUCACAUAGACCACACCAGGAUCCAGAGGAACGACUUGUUUAAUCCUAGGCAACUCAUGCACUGUGGACUUUGGAGCCUCCCAGUUCUGCUGGUCAUUGGGAAGGAGCCAGCACCCAUUCUGCACCACACCCAGGCCAUGACAGGGACAUAGCAUCCUCCCGAGGACCAAAGGAAACCAAGGAUAUUUGCUGCACAAUUAGAAUGAGAGUCAAAGAAAGAAGAAAGGGAAGCAUGUGUAAAUCUUUGAUUCUUAUUCCCAGGCCCCUAUUAUCUUCAGCCAAGUGAUGAUUACAUGGACUACCAGCUAAUCCAGGAGAGUGUCUUUAUUUCAAAGUCAUCUGGGUAUCCCACUUUCCCAUGAGCCUCUCUGCGAGUGAGGUACCACACUUGCAGGUUUCAGGAUCAGGCCAUGGGUGUCUUGACCAGUCCUUGAUCCUGCCACCCACACUGCUCCUAGCCUCCCCACAUGAAAUCAGAGGCUUACUAAACAGCCAUUUUCUGGGGCCACAGCCUGGGACUUCUAACAAGUCUCCAUCUAACUAAUCACCAUUGUACCUGCCCUGAUGUCUGACAGCCCAGGGGACAAGGCCAGGAGACACAGCCUCAUGGGACAGGGAGCCAGGGCUCUGAGGUCUGUGUUAUUCUGAGUUUCAUCCACCCACAAACAACUCAUGGGUGUUCCCAGUGCAGAUUAGAAAAUGCUAAACAGCUCUGCAUCCAAACAACAGAGACAGUCAAUAAUCUGAUCAAUUACUGUGUGCUCAGCAAUUAUUUGGUUUAAUUAAUGUUAGGCUACAAAGUCUAUUUUAGAGCUAUCUGUGGUUACAAUGUGUUCUCUGCUCUCAUUGUUGCUUUUUCUACUAACUUAAAGCUGUGAAGGUUUUGCAGUGUGCCAAGAAGACAGUAUCUAGUUUUCUUUCUUUAGUAUUUUAACUGUUAACUGAAAGACAGUAAUUAAAAUUAUUGACCUGAAACUAAACAAGAGUACACACAUAUUCUACAGGCUAAACUAAUAUUUUAUUUGGUACGAGUUCCCAGCUUAGGCGUUCCUAUUUUCCCAAAGCCUUAAGACCUUCCAGGGGCAAAGCUCCACCUAGAAUUCUAAGAUACUGGCAGCUGCUGUGGCUUUAUUAAUCUGGUUUCAAUUUUUUAAACAUUUGGAUUCACGGCUUAUCUAUGGGAACAAAUGAUUGUUCUAUCUUGAAAAGUCCAGAGGGAAGAUUUACUGAGAAAGUUAACUUCAUAUCCUCUUCUGUGGGCCAGCCAGUGCGAUCCCAGCCAAAGCUAAGGAGAGAGGGAUGGCAGGGAGGAACUCCCUUGUGGGCUGGGCCAGAACCCACAGGGGAAAGGCAAGGGCUCCACCAGUCAGCUGACUGGGCCAAGGAGAGCUAGAGAAGAGGAGGCUGCCAGACCUCAGCGAUCAACAGCAAGAGCACCCCUAUCAGCCAAAUGGGGCACUCAGCCAGCGGUGUGAAACCCAAUCGUUAAAUUAUUGGGAUCCAGUUAGGGGAGGAAAGAGGACUCUCUGUCCUGAGAGUGUGAAGUUGCGGGUGACAGGGGCAGGGCAAGGGUUCUGACUCAGGAGACCACAAACCUCAUUCCAAAAACAGAACGAGGAUGCUGUGUGAGACAGGGCCAGUAGCACAGAAGGAGGUGGAAGGCCCAAGACAGAUCCCUCAGAGUGAUGAAAAGCUGUCACCUCAGCUUGCGGCCACAGAACUCAGAAGGGCCUGUACAGCAGCCUUCCGCCAUGAUCAGAUCUUACAGAAGAAUUUGAAUAUUUUGAAUGCUAUCAUUUUUCAUGAGAAAUUCCACCACAGCCCCCAUUAAGGACUUACUGCACUCAGGGCCCACCAUACAAUAUCGUUUGAACCCAAAUUUGAUCUUAACUCUUAACUAUUUGAUCUUAACUCUUAACUAUUUGAUCUUAACUAUUCUCAUGGCCCAGGUGUCCUUAACAUUAAUGUUCUUCUGGGUAUCUAAGGUUGGUUCACAACAAACAGAAACAGGAACAUACUAGGACAUUUACUGAGUAUUUAUUCUGUAUAACUUACUGUGCCAAGCUGCAAAGGUCAGAAUAACUAGGGCGGCACUACCCUCAGAGAGUUGAUGGCCUCUUGCUGCAGCACUGCCCAUGGGGCAAUGGCCUUGAAGGGGCUGAGUGCAUCUGAAAUCCUGUGUAGCAAGUUCAGUGAAGGCACAAGUUAGUUCUAUAGGAAAGGGGUGGGUUUAGAAAAUGCUUCAGCAGAGGAGGGCAUAGGCUUGUUUUGAAAAGAAGCACAGGAAUGCAGAGAGACCAGGGAGGAACUGGGCACCAGGAGUGGGCAGACGGUGGGGCCUCAGCUCAGAGAAGUGAGGAGGCAGUGCGCUUGCUUCUGUGUCAGUGAGGCAAUGUUCACGGUAUGUAAUGACCCAUGGAAAUAAGGGAAGUGUUUAGAGGCUCAUGGGCUACCAGGAGCUAGCCAGGUGCUACAGAUGAUUGCUUUUAAAAGCAAAAAGAAUCACCAAUGGGUAAGGCAGGCACGGUGCCACGCGUCUGUAAUCUCAGUGUUUGGGUAGCUGAAACAGGACUGACAUCAGUUUGAGACAAGCCUGGCAUACACAGUCUCAGUUUGGCCUGGGAUACAGAGUUGAGGUACUGUCUCCAAAAGUCCAAGUUAAUUCAUAAGACAAAGAAACAAAUUGCAAAGAUGUUAGAGAAAGCAAUAACUAUUCAAGAUAGGCAAAGGAGCUGGAGCAUGGGGGUUCCUGGGGACUGGGGAAGCAAAGAAAGAAAAACAGAAUAUUGAAAACUAUAACUCAAGAAUAUUUUACUGAAUUGCCAAAGAUCUGAGACUCCACACUUUAAAAAUAUAUCACAUGCCUGAGAAGAGUAACCCAAAACAGUGGGAUUACUAAGAUUUAAAAAGAAGAUAAAAAAUCUUGGGCUGUUGAGCUAGCCAGGGCUGCAGUAGGAAAGCAUAUACCUGAUAGAUUGAAUAACAAUAGGAAUUUCCUCUCUUGCAGUUGUAGAACCUGGCAAUCCAAAAUCAAGAUCUCAGCAGGGCUUGGUUUCAGGCCAGCCUCUGUCCUAGGCUUGCAGUUGCUGUCUUCUCCUUGUGUGUGCAUGACUGGUGCCCACACCUUCUUGUCAGGACACCUGUCAUAGUGGACUAGGGCCCCAUCUUCCUGACCCCCUGCAUCCCUAAUCACCACCUUAAAGAUUGUGUCUCCAGGGACAGUUAGGUUCAAAGUCUGGGCUUCAAUAUUGGUUUUGGUACAUAACAUGAACACUGUGUUUGUAUGUAUGCAUGUAUGCAUGCAUGCAGUGAAAAGACACACAGGAAGCAUAAGUAUAUAUAAAGAAACAUAGGACAUAUAGGAAAAAGCUAAAAAUUUUCAUAACAAUGUAUAACACAAAAAGAAAGCAAAAUAACGUAUUUAAGAUUUUCAAAAGAACGCAUGACCAAAAUUUUUAUAUUUAAAAACUAACUUUUAAGCAAAUGGGCCAUGGUAAGCUCUUAUCAGAAUGCCAGGACACAAGAAAUUCUCUUGCCAUGGACCUGGAGGAAGAGUCAACUGGGUAACAAGGUGUAGACAAGCAAGCUGCGUAGGAGACCCCUGAGGCUGUGGUGGUUAGGUGUGUAAAUAGACAGGUGGAGAGGGAUAGACAGGCAGCCAUAACCAUGAGUGCUGAAAGGGAUAGUAGGGUGGGUGUGAGCUAGAAGCCAUGACCAACAGUGCAACUACUGUAACAGCAGGAGGAAGAAGGGAGAUGAGGGGAAUGUGCAAAAAAUAAAAAUGCUUUCAUUGUUCAUAAUGGUAGCAAUACUGUUAUGAUUCUCCUUGGCUGUUGUGUGCUUAUUGUGACACAACGGUGUGCAUAUUCCAUAAUAUACACACAAAAUCCAGAAAAGUCUUUCCUUAUGUCCGGUAUCUGAGAAUUAAAAUCUCAAGUGUAGAGGAAAGGAGGUCCCAAUAGGAUCAAGAAGACAAGUUUUAUAGACUCUAAUUUGAACCAAGCUCAUGACACAUUUACAACACGUGUAUAAAAUAUUACACCUAUGUAUAACAAGAAACAUGUGUAACAUCCAGCUUUGUCCACAUACUGAAUAUCCAUCAGUGCCCAAGUUGUAAUCCAAAGAAAACUAUUGCAGGACUCUAAGAAAUGGCUAAUUGUACAUUUGCUACGAGUAUGAGUUUGGAACAUCUUGUCACAACAAAUUGAACGGCAUCAAAGACGACUGAGUGGUGUCUAAAAUCUCUGCGGAUCUGCCGAAGGAGGCCCCUACCAGGUACAGUUUAAGCACUUUCCAUCUCCCUCUGAGUGGGUACUGGCAGAGCACUUACCUAGCAUGACCAAGGACCAGGAUUCCAUCACCAGCAAGGUCUGGGGGAGGCUCAGUGUCAAGGACUGCUGCAGUCCAACAAAGGAGAAGAGUCAGACAGCAUACCUCCAAGAGUCUUGACAAAGGCCUUGAAUCUGUAUGAUCCCACUGGUGAGCUCAGCACCCAUUUCUAGGAAACAUAGAGAACCAACAGUGACACUGGAGAAUAUUUGAAACCAACUAAUGACACAUCUUCCUAGAAUUGAGAAAUCACCAUGUCAUACCAAGCAAGAUGGUAAAAAGUGAAUUCAUAUAUAGCUAUCGUUUAGAGCCAUAGUACAUAUCAUCAAAGACAAAGUAAAAAAGCUCCUGGAUUAGGCUGAUUGUAUUCUUCUAAGAGUAGGCCGGAAACAGGGAGAAAAUGGAUCUCUUCAAUGUACUAGACAGUAUUACUAGAUCUGGAAUUGUGAAUUCAAUGGUAGUAACUCCUAAACAUAAGGUGGAAUAGACAUUUUCAGAUAAAUGAAAAAGAAUGAUUAACUUUACUUUUUUCUUGUAUAUAUUUGUAUACAUGUAUGCAUACAUACUCAUAAGUACACACACACAUACGUGGGUAUGUGUUAAGCAUGUACACAGAUAUGCUUGUGUAUGUGAAGCCAGGGAUUGACCUGGGGUGGCUAUGUCAAUUACUCUCUACCCUAAUUUUUUGAGAGGUUUAGCCUCUCACUGAGCCUGGAGCUCACCAAGUAGCCACUGUGGCUACACAGCAAGCUCCUGGGAUCCCCCUGUCUCCACCUCCCCACUCUUGAGUCACCUCCCCAGAACCUUGCAUGAAGUAGACCAUGAAAUAGAUACAAAGUAAUCUAAAGAAAUAUGGCUUAUAUCUUCAAAAAAUCUGUAAAGAUAAAAGAAGGAAACACAAGAGCAGAUCAAAGGUUAUUCAACAUGGUCCUGAGGAAAAGAAAGAUGUGAGAUUCGUUGAGGUUUUCCCUGCAAGCACAGAAUGUUGGACUACAAGAAGAGCGAAUGGCUAGUGUUUUGAUAAACUCUUCAGGCUCACUCGUGUGUGUGUGUGUGUGUGUGUGUGUGCGCGUGUGUGCUUUCAACCCAGUUAUCUACAGUUCCCUUCUGCUCUUUCUUUGCUCAUAUUUUGGCAAACAAUUUGUUUUCACCUCCUGGAUAGUAAGCUUCACAAGAGGUUCCUAUUUCCCUGGCUCCAGUGAGCAGCCACAAGGCGUCACGAUGAAUGUUGGAAUCUUCUGGCCUGCCGGGUGCUGCAGUUGCCGACAGAGUAGCUCUAGACUCUGAGUAGAGCAAUCUGGAAAGAAAGAGGGGGAAAAAAAAAACCCACUCACGUCUCACUGGUUAAAAAAUACCAAUGGUCCCCAAAUUAUAGUGUGCCAUAUGAGUUUAUGAGGCGGGCAUUUGGAAGUCUACAAGAACCCUGACAAAGCUAGUAUUUGCUUUCUGAACUGACUGUUAUAUAACUAUUAUCCAUAGCAUAAUUGAGGUACAGUAGAUUUUUCAUGUUAUUCAUGCUCUGGAUUAUUCAUGUUUUUCAAGAUUUUUAGAGCGGACCUAGACCACAGGGUUCUGGGCAAUUCACCUAGACUUUAAGGUCUGUGCCCUCUUAUUUGCCAAAUCACGAGCCUUUGUCCUGAGCCAACCCCUGAGUGAGGGUGUGGGAAUGGGAAGACAGGCUCUACAGCGUGGAUGCUGUGUGGACUGGAGGAGGCUCCAGGGCCUCCACCCAGGAAGCAGGCCUUAUCUAUGCAGUACUAUUCUAACCUUUAGAGAGCUGAAGAACAGGAAAAGGCCAGGGAACAGGGUAGCUGCCUGGCCUGAAGGGCAGCCAGCCAGAGGGCAAUGAAGGAGCCCCAGAGGGCCGGAGGCUCAUGUCCUGGAGGAAGAGGAAAACAGACACAAGAUGGGCCACUGGUGCUAGAGACUGAAGGCUGUGAGGUGCUGUAAACUGUAUCUGCUAUAUCACUCCCCAUCCACCCAGGGUUCAAAUCACUGCUGCAACCUUCCAUUUUGAGCUCAAUGCUCCCAGUGUCAAGGAAGUUUUUAUUUUGGAGACCACUAGAAUGGCAUGAUUUGGGGAGAAGAGAGGAUUAAGAAAUGGAGUGAGGCCAGAGUGGCUAUGGAGAGAAGAAAAGACCUAAGAUCUGGGAGGAAUUGGAUUCCCAAAACGGGGAAGUAGCUCAGGACCUGGAGGACCACGGCUAGGAAGUGGAGGAGAAAGCUGUCAGCCAAAGAGCCACAGGCUCUGGGCCCAGGUCAUUUCUACAACAUCCAGGAAGUUCUUGUGGCAUUUGACACGCUAGAUUGGAAGUGAUGCAGACCCCUUGUCUGCUCCCCAUGUCCUCCGCAGAGGGAUAGGGUGAUCCUGUGCAUCUGCACUGUGCCGAGUCACUGUCUCUAGGGAGCUCUGCAGCUGUGUCUAGGAAAGUUAGCUGCCCAGACACAGGGUUCUCCAUAGAAGGUGCCAGCCAGUGCCCUCCUCAGAGGCAUGGGGGUGGCCGUUGCAUGUGGCAAAUCAACCAUCAAGAAGGCAUUGAGACCCAAAGGCCUCCUCAGCCCAAGAAGGAAUUGAGACCCAGAGGCCUCCUCAGCUCACCCAAAAUCAGAGCUGUAGUCGCCCUGGGGUAGAGACACAGGAAAGAUGACUGUAAUGGAAUUGCUGUCCUACCACAGCAAAGCCCCUGUCCUCUUCUGAAUAUCAAUCUGUGGGCAUCCCAGCAUUGAUGCCUACUAAAGCUGGUUUCACCCAACUUGCCCAUGUCUGUGGAGUCUAAGGCAGUGGUUAAGUGGCCACAUGUUACCCCAGAAGUUGGCUUCUCUUUUAAUUUCAAGGCAUAAGUGAGGAACAGAAAGUCGACUGGAAGCAUCAUUCUUUCCCGUGCAGUUGCAGUACCAUCCUCAGCUUGGCAUCAUCAACUGUGAGUGGCACAGAAUGCUCCCUGUGUCUAUUGUUCCAAAGAGAAGCACAGAGAUCCAGCAGUUGAGUUUCAGUUAUCCACCACCAGCCGUGAUCUAGAAAUAUUAAGGGAAAAUUCUAGCAAUAAACGAUGUAUAAGCUUUAAAUUGUAUACCAUUCUAAGUAGUAUGCUGAAAUCUCCCACUGUCCCGCUCUGCCCCGAGCAAGGUGAGAAUUUGCCCUGGCCCAGCGUAUCCUCAGUGUAUACUGUCAGUCACUGCCUGUCAGUCACUCUGGUAGCUCUCAAUUACGAGAUAAGCUCCUGUGAUAUGGUAGUGCUGUGUUCAAAGAACCUUGUACAGUUCUGAUGCUAUGCCACUUGCCUUGUUCUGCCUCAUGGGGUAUGUCCUCAUCUCACAUCCUCACGAGAAGGGUGAAUACAGUGCAUACAUUUACUAAAAGAGGAGCUGGGGAGAUAACCCAGUGUGGGAAGGUGCUUUCUGCCUGGCCUGCCGUCCUUCCCGUUCCUGGUACCUACAUGAUGAAAGGAGAGAGCCAGCAGGUGUCCUCUGGAAGCUGGAGAGACUCAGUGGCUAGGAGCAUGUGUUGCCCUUGUAGAGGACCCAGGUUCAGUUCCCAGCACCCACAUGGCAACUCACAACUAACUGUAACUCCAUUUUCAGAGGAUGUGACACCCUCUUCAGCCUUCCAUGGGCACCAGGCAUUCACAUGUCAUGCAUGAACACAGGCAGUCAAACACUCAUACAUAUAUGAUAAAAACAAGUUGUUUAUUUUAAGGAAAGUUGUUCUUGGAGGAGCCUAUGCCUGAGAUGUAAAUUGAAUUAAUGAAUAAUAAAAGAAAGUUGUUCUCUGACCUGCAUACACGCACACAUAAAUGUUUUCAAAAUAUAUUUGAGAUUAUAUUGUUAUAAUUAUUCUUCUAUCAUUAAUCUCUUAACUGUGCCCAAUUUAUAGA